CAACAUUGUGUGUUCAGUAUAGACUAUAGAGGGUUUUGAGUUGAGCACAGAAAUACAGCCGCACGCACGCGCGCGACCUGAAAACAGCACCGCUCCAGAACCGCCGUACCACCUCUCCUAAGUCACCGCCAUUCCGUCCCUUGCUGCUCGCCGACGUGGACAGCUCGACUGAUCGAGCAACCAGAAGUCGCGCCUGCGUUACCCCCUCCUUCGUCCGUCGCCGGCAGGCCAACGAUUUUAAUAACUGAAUUUUGGUUUUUGAACUGGUUUCGGGUUUCGGAGUUGGGUGGGGAUUCGGAGGUCAGUUCUCAGUUAUUCUACAUCUUAUGUUAGUCUAACAAGCAGAGAAAAAUGGGGAAGGACAAGAUUCUGGAUUUAUGGUGGAAGGAACAGAUUAUCUUCGAAUUUACUUACUUUUAUAUAGCUGUAAAAGAAAUGGAUUAUCUGUUAAUUCAUGUUUCUUUUUUCUUCUAAUUAUUGUAAAUGAUUUGUUUCUGAAAACCAAUGUUCAAAAUUUUGAUUUUCUGAAACUGAAGCCUCGUCUUAAGGCAUUGUUCUUGCUCUUACGCACCACCGAGAUGGAGGCAAUCGGAUACUCGUGCGAUGAGGUUGAAGAAAUAUCGGACAUGGAGGCGUCGGUGGGGGCGGUGGAGAAUCUCCUCGGGUAUCGUUUCAAGCAGAAGAAGCUUCUGGAAGAGGCCUUGACUCACUCCUCCUGCGCCGAGUCCACCUCCUACCAGCGCCUCGAGUUCAUCGGCGACGCCGCUCUCGGCUUGGCCAUCUCCAAUUUCGUCUACCUCAGCUACCCUGGCCUUGACCAAGGCAAGCUCACGCUCCUACGAGCCGCUAACAUCUGCACAGAGAAGCUUGCGCGCGUCGCUGUUCGCCACCGUCUCUAUAAGUACGUGCGCCGCAACGUCGCAGCCCUUGAUGACAAGGUCAGAGAAUUUGUAAUGGCGGUACAAGAGGAGGAAGAAUUAGAGAUACAUGGGGGUUUGGUCAAAGCACCGAAAGUUCUUGCAGAUAUUGUGGAGUCAGUAGCAGCUGCUUUAUAUGUUGAUUGCAAUUUUGAUUUACAUACUACAUGGGAGAUCUUUAGGAAUCUUCUAGAGCCCAUUGUAACGCUAGAUAUUCUGGAACAACAACCACAACCAGUUACGAUGCUCUUUGAGUCAUGCCAAAAGGAUGGAAAGCAGGUUGAGAUAAGUUAUGGGAGAAAAGAAGAGAAAUUUUUUGCUACUGUCACUAUCGAUGGGAAGUUUUUGGCCUCGGCUUUUUCUGAGCAAAAAGAGAACGCAAAGCUCCUUGUUGCAAAGGCUGCUCUCCGAAAAUUGUCUUUUGGAUCUUGUGACCCAUUGAAUGAUAACAUAUUCAACCAUCUCAAUCGGGAUGGUGAAAUUGAAGGAGCAAAACAGAAGCUGCAUGAGCUGUGUGGCAAGAAGAAAUGGCCAAAACCAAAUUACAAAAUCCAAAAAGAAGUGGGCUCUGCUCAUCAGAAGAGAUAUACAUGCUCCGUUGAAAUUGAAAUAUCUAAAGGUAUACUUUUCGUGGAGGGGAAUGAGAAGCCAAGAGUGAGGGAGGCAGAGAGCUCAGCAGCUUCAAUAAUGCUCUACGCCCUUAAAGACGCCAACUAUCUAUGAUCAUGUCCAUAACCUAUUAUUCUACAUAUAUAUGUUAAAAAUUCUAACAUUUUAUCAAUCAUGUAAAAAUUCUAUCACAAGGGUAAAAAUUCUAAUCUUGAUGAUAAAAAUACCAAAUUAUUUAUUUUA